UCAAGUAAUAGAGUGAUACAAAGUGUACAAAAGUAGUGGUUGAUUUAUGGCAGUUAUUUAUGUAAAAUAGGAAAAAUUAUAGAUGUAUUUAAUGGUUUCGAAAAAUGUAGAGAUAAAUAGGACAUGUAAAAAAAUAAUAACACUAUAAACUUAUUUAAUAAUGUGUCUACGAUAAAGCUCGAAAGCUGCCUGUCGUUCUUUAAUAUUUUGGAUAACACAGCGCAAAUGCGAAAAUGGCACAAAGCUCACACGGUGGAAGUCACAGACGGAAUAGAGACCACGAUGGAGGAGGCUUACGUUAUACAAACACAGACUGGGAAGCCAAGGAGGCACAUUACCAACGAGAACUGGACGAGGCACGCGCUCGCGCUACCCAGAUGGAGAAGACCAUGAGAUGGUGGUCAGACUGCACCGCCAACUGGAGGGAGAAGUGGAGUAAAGUGCGCACUGAACGAAACAAGGCAAGAGAAGAAGUCAAGGCACUCAAAAACAAAGUAGAGAUUCUCACUAAAGAGUUAGGCGCAGUAAAGACUGAAAAAAAUGAAUUAGAACAACAACUCGGCGAACUGAGGCGAGACAACGACAAGUUGCUCAGUAUAGGUGAAAGUAGAAUCGUAACGGCCGAUCUCACCGAAGACACUGUCGAGCUACGCAGGAAGAACAUUGUCUCCCCAAACGAACAGAGACAACGGGCUUCCUUAGACUCGCACAAGCUCUCCAAUGUAGACAAUGUACUCGCUAACAAACUUAGCGAACUAAGAUUGAGAUUGGACGACACUUCGAAAGUUUUACAAAACGAAAAAGAUCACAAAGCAUUCCUGCUGGCCAAAAUUGAAACUUUGACCACAGAGCUGCAUAGCGCGAAAAUGGAGCUGGCCCACGGUGACCGAACGUUGGGCUCGACCGAUUCAAGCCACAGCGAAGUGGAGAGACUCCAGAAUGAACUGCAAGACGAGAUAGCGAUCAAACAGGUACUCGAAGAGAAGAUGACCGAAUACAAAAUGGAAGUAGAGAGAUUGAAGUCGGAGAACACGAUACAGUGGAGCAAGAGGGAAUUGUUGGAAACUGAAAAUAUCGCCAUACUCAGAGAGAACAAGAAACUCUACAGCCAAAUCUGCGAGCUCCGUGAACAGAUCCACAAGUUGAACAGAAUGUCCGAUGGCAGCGCGUACGGGUUUAGCGAUCGCUUGGACUCAAACAUCCUGUAUGUUAGAAAGACCAGCGCGAGUCCACGGUCGCACGAGUCCAGCGGCUCCUCCGAGGUCAACAUGGCGCAUUACGAAGCAAAAACCGGGACUUCGGGCGACGAAGACGAUCUAGCUAUAGUCGAAAGAAACGAAAACUGCUAGCAUACCUUGUCUGGGAGAAAAGCAGAAUUUGUUAUCUCGAAAUUCGUAGGAAUCACACAAGAAUGACUGAAAUGACUUUUCCGUCAAAGAAUAUUUAAUCAAAAAUCCGCCAGUGACAAUCAAUUUGAAUGAAAUAAUGAGUUCGAGAUUUGACAUGGGUUCUUUCUUAAAUAAUAUAAGAAAGAAUGAUACUCUUUUUUAUAAUUUCUCGGCUGUUGUAUAAUAGAAAAAUUCACGAAAAUUAAGACAAUGAAACUAAUUAAGUAAUGUCACAGAGUAAACCAAUAGUUUGCUUAAAUGUUUCAUUGGUAUAAUUCAAAUUGAAUGAAACUGUGGAGCCUGUAUGGGAUAAUCAUGGUAAUUCGUAACGUGCGUAGUACAAAUUCAGAAUCACUUCAUGUAAUUACUUAUGUAUGUGACAUACCUAAUAACAUUGCGUAAUGCAUUUAUAAAAUUCAUUCCACGCGCUUAAAAAUAAAUUUUAUGUAUUUUUUUUUUAUAUACUAGCAAACUAAAUGUUGCCAAAUAUUAAUCAGGGACAGAUAUGACCGUAAUUAAAAAGGUACUCGCAAAAAAAUUGGGAUGAAUUUAACAAAGCUAUUUCCAGGUUGACUGAGCUGGUCUUUUUAAGAAGCGUUUCUUUUUAUAUAGGUUUAAAAAAAAUAACAAUAAUAGUUAUCAUUAAAACAGUGUUAACAUGGAAAUGGCCGUAAAUUUUGAUGUUUGAACUCCUCAGAUAGGUAGUUAAUCUGAAAUAUUUAGAACGAUUUUCUUAAACAAUAAAUGUUUAUUUUUCUUGCCAAUAUUAAGUUUAAAAGUUUAUUGAAGUAUUGACAACUGUAUAAUACAAUAAUUGCACGAAUGCAAAUUCACAUUAAAUGGAUAAUAUUGAACAUGUUGUUUAAAAAAAACGGAAAAACAUAGCAUCUCGCUGCCGUCUAUACUAGAAACGAUUUUCCCGCCAUUAAAUAUGUACCUCAAAAGAUAACCUGCAAAAUGAAAAAUACGCAAUAUCCAAAUUAUUUAUAUUUACUUGUAAUUUGGAUAUUGCGUAAAAUCAUCGAGAGUCAACCACAACUCUAUUGUGGGUAUUAAUUACAAUCUCAUACUUCCUAUUCGUACACUCUUGACAGAGUGGUCGUGGUCAUGCAUCAGUCGGAUCCUGCGAUACCGAUGCUCUCGCAAUGC